UUUAAUUCAAACUUUCUCUUCUACAUAGAACUGUUAGAAGAAUAGCAAAUUUUGCUCUUUGCAAUGGAAACCUGCGUGGGUGAAAAUUGAGUUCAUGAAACUAACUAAAUAAUUAGAUCAACAGGUCAGACAAUGGAGCCAUCAGAGAAGGACCUAUAUCUACACAAACGAUGUUAUUUUUUACCAGUGUUGUCCUCACCCGAAAAGAUAGAUUCACUGGAAAGUUUUGAAAUCCAUGAUGACGAUACAUUUAUAAUCACAUAUCCUAAAUCAGGCACAGUGUGGACUCAGAACAUUGUGAGCUUGAUUCUUUAUGAAGGUCAUCGAGAUGGUACUGAAAAUAUUACCCUGAUUGAAAGAGCACCAUGGCUGGAGUAUAAUAUUUUCCGUGCAGAUUUACCCAAUCGCCCAUCACCUCGUGUCAUUUGUUCCCACCUGCCCUACUAUUUGAUACCCAAAGGAUUACGAAAUAAAAGAGCAAAAAUUAUUUAUGUGUUUAGAAAUCCAAAGGAUGUCUUGGUUUCCAGCUAUCAUUUUUACAAAAUGCUAAUCAUAAUGGAAACAUCCAAACAGUUUGAUGCUUACUUCGAGAGGUUUUUGGCUGGCAAAGUGCCCAGUAGUUUGUGGAUAGACCAUAUAGAAGGCUGGUAUGCUCAUAAGAAUGAUUUCAAUAUUCUCUUCCUUUCUUAUGAAGAAAUGAAAAAGGAUCUGAGAAGUUCUGUACUGAAAAUAUGCAACUUCCUAGGAAGAGAACUAACUGAAAAGGAGGUGGAUGAUGUGGUGGAUAAAGCUACAUUUGAUAACAUGAAAAUGGAUCCUAGAGCAAACUACAAAUUAAUGGUUCCUACCAUAGUAGAUUCUAGCAAAGGGGUCUUUCUUCGUAAAGGCAUUGUUGGGGAUUGGAAGAAUCACAUGACUGUUGCCCAGAGUGAAAAGUUUGACCGUGUCUUUAAGGAGAGGAUGGAAAAGCUGCCCUUCAAAUUCUGCUGGGAUAUUCAGGAGGAUCCUCAGCCUAUUUCCAGCACAGUGGAGGAAAAUGAUGUGUGAUA